UCUGGUUCUCUAUCUGCGACGGCUCUCUCUUCCUGCUUCCUGCUCUCUGCUUCCCACUUCGCCGGAGCCCUUCACACUUCCACUGCACUAGCUAUUCAUUGUAAUCGCUGCCAAAUUUCUCAUUGAAAAGCAAUAACUAAAUGAGCUGAGUAGAGGCCAUUUAUCUGCUAGCAUGCUUAAAAUGGAUGAGUUUUUGAAGACCCAAAUCUUCGCAACCCAUGCAGUUGCUGCUGCUGGCUCAGUGACACUAAGCACAGUUCUUACUUACCCUCUUGACACUAUCAAAACCCUUAUCCAGGUUGGUUCUGAUCCUUUAGGAUCUGGUAAACAGUUGACGACAACUCAGGCUCUACAUAGAAUUCAAUCCUUUUCAGGAAAUUCAGGUCUGUACAGUGGAUUUGGAUGGUUGGCCUUUGGGAGACUAUUUGGUUUAGGAGCUCGAUUUGGAGUAUAUGAAAUUGUGACAGCCUAUUAUAAAGAUGGUCGUGAAGAUGAUUACGUGCAUGUGUCCGAGGCUCUUCUGGCUGGACUUAUGGCUGGUGCAGCAGAAUCAUUGAUAUGCUCGCCAUUUGAGCUUGUUAAACUUCGUGCUCAGGUGACCUCUGCUGUUCGAUUACCAAGCCGAGUUUCUCUCGUCGGACAAGAAAGAGCUCUUGCACCUUCUAUGUCAAGGUUUCUUCAUGGCUAUACACUGGAUCUGAAAGCCUUAAACCAUUCAGUUGGUCUUUUAUCCACCCUAACAACUAAGCACCAAAAUAUAAAAGGUGCCUUACAAGAGUAUCCAUGGAUGAUGACGGGGUCCGGGAGGCCACCUACAGUUAGCAAUGUGCAUAGGCCAUUAGAUAUCAUAUCACUGGAAGGAUGGCAGGCAUUUUGGAGAGGUCUACGAUCUGGGAUCGCGAGGGAUUCCAUCUUCAGCGGCGUAUUUUUCUCAACCUGGCAAUUUCUGCACCGAUCUAUGCUAAUUUGGAAAAGCAUCGAGAUGGAUCCACCACCCAGGUCAAAUGAUGAAGUAGGCCCACUGUCUCCGUUUUCGGUUAGUCUUGCAGCUGGAGUUUCCGGUGCAGUUGCUGCAGCUGUUUCUCAUGGUUUCGAUACUGCCAAUAGUCGAUCACUAUGCACUGUGCUGCCCAAGUACGUCGCCAUGGAGAGAAAGUUUCUCAAAUGGCAUCGACCGGGUAAUAGAUUUGAGAGAACAACGGGGAUUCAUCCUGCAGAUCGGAGUCUCCUGUUUCGUGGCAUAGGAUUGCGAAUGGCUCGUUGUGGUUUAGGGUCAUUUUUUAUGGUUGGAGGUUACUAUUUGAUUAUUGAUCAUUUGUUGGAAUGAUGUAUUAUUAUUUGCAUGGAUUACUUAGAAUGAGUUAGAAAAGGCAGUAUUUUCAAGGCCAUGGAGAAUAAAUUUCUUGUUCUAUACACAGAUUUUGUUGGGCUAAUUUGUUACAUUUCUGAAGCUC